GGGUUAUCCUCUUCCGUAUCUCAUUGCAUGUGGCUAUACGAAUGGCUUCUCAUCUUUGUAUUUUGGUUGCAAUUUGAAAUCCGUGUGAAUAUUGUAAAAGAUAAUUCUAUUGUACUAAUUUCUCCUUCUAAAGGUAAAAAAUGAAGCACAACAAUGUUAUCCCUAGCGGUCACUUUAGGAAGCACUGGCAAAACUAUGUCAGGACCUGGUUCAACCAACCUGCCCGGAAAACCAGAAGAAGAAAUGCUCGUCAAGAGAAAGCUGUGAAGAACUUUCCCCGUCCAACUGCUGGACCACUCCGUCCCAUUGUUCACGGGCAGACAUUGAAGUACAACAUGAAAGUGAGGGCUGGGAGGGGCUUCUCUCUCGAGGAAUUGAAGGCUGCUGGUAUUCCCAAGAAACUAGCACCAACAAUUGGAAUAGCAGUUGACCAUCGUCGAAGGAAUCGCUCUCUCGAAAGUCUACAGGCUAACGUGCAGAGGCUGAAGACUUACAAGGCCAAGGUGGUUGUCUUCCCAAGACGUGCUCGCAAAUUCAAGGCUGGUGAUUCAACUCCGGAGGAGCUUGCAAAUGCCACUCAAGUCCAAGGACCAUACCUGCCUAUUGGACGUGAGAAGGCCCCAGUAGAGCUUGUGAAGGUCACUGAGGAGAUGAAAUCAUUCAAGGCUUACGACAAGCUACGUAUUGAGAGGACAAAUGAACGACAUGUCGGUGCUAGAUUGAAGAGAGCAGCAGAGGCCGAGAAGGAAGAGAAGAAGUAGAUUGCUAGAAAAACUGCUUAGAGGUCUUCCUAUUUUCCUAAUUUUUGGUAUUUAUUUUUACAACAUUUUGCGCUUGACAUAUCUUCUGGACUUAAUUUGGUAGAUGAAAGUUCCGAGUUCAUGGAUUGAACGGUUAUUUACCUUGGUUUUGCUCAUGUAGUAUUGUUACUUCGUUGUGGUUUAUUGCACCCAAAGUAGCUUUGCAGUC